AGAGGGGCAGUUAGUAAAGGAGAUGCUGGCUAAGUGAGGAGCAGUUAGUAAAGGAGAUGCUGGCUAAGUGAGGUGUAGGUAGUGAGGGCGCACUGGUUAAAUAAGAGGCAGGUAGGGAGGGGGCACUGGCUAUGCGAGGGGUAAGUAAUGAGGGGGACUGGCUAAGUGAGGGGGACUGGGGUAUACAGGACAGAUAAUAUGGACAGAUAGUUAGAGGGGCAGUUCAUUGGUGGACAUCUGGAGUUGGGAGUGCACUGAAUGCAGAACAAGUGUUGAUGACUGAGGGGAUGGAACUUAAUGUGUUUCUGUAACAGAUAGAUGAAAGAUAGGACAGAAUUACAAUACAUACAUAAAUCAGUGACACUCUGGAGACCAGGCAACCUUAAUCACAAGCUCUUGCUGGGGUCAGAGUGUGAUGUCACUGUCAGAGUAGGCACCAAGGACAGGAGCAGGAUGAUUGAGCCACAUGAGGAGCGAGAGCAGCUGGCGUCUAGGUCUGAGGAUCUGACCCCUACACAUAACGUGUCUUCAGCCUCUUGUUUCGCAUGUAAUUUGUCCCAUACCAAGCAGACUGGCAGAAGGGCUGUCAGAUAUACUAAUAAAAUGAGGCAUCCAGAAAAAAAGAGAGAAAGACAAAAAAAAGUUGACAGAAAGCAAAGGCAGGUCACAGUCGAUAGUUUUAAGGCAAAAACAUCUUUAGAGGCUUUGAGGAUGAGCAUCAAACAGCUGAGAUGGAAAGAAUUUCCUUUAGGACGUCGGGUGCCUUGUGACAAUUAUUGGCACGCUGUAUCUUUCCAUGACAGUAACAUCAUCUCAGGACAAGUGAACAAGUUCCCAGGUAUGACUGAAAUGGUGCGUAAAAUAAACCUGAGCCGAGCAGUGAGAACAAUGCAAAGGCUGUUUCCAGAGGAGUACAACUUUUAUCCCCAAUCAUGGAUCCUUCCUGAAGAAUUUCACCUUUUUGUUGCUCAGGUGCACAUAGAAAAAGAAAAAGAACCUUUGUGGAAACCCACUUUUAUAGUGAAACCUGAUGGUGGUUGUCAAGGAGAUGGAAUCUUCCUAAUUAAAGACCCUAAUGAAAUCAGAAGUUUGAGGAUGUUGCAGAAUAAGCCUUCAGUGGUACAAGAAUACAUUAGCAAACCCCUUCUCAUGGACAAACUAAAGUUUGACAUCCGUCUUUAUGUCUUAUUGCGAUCUUUAGAACCACUUGAAAUAUAUAUAGCCAAAGAUGGUCUCUCAAGGUUUUGUACAGAGCCAUACCAAGAACCCACCAUUAAAAAUCUCCACCAUUUGUAUAUGCAUCUGACAAACUACUCACUUAAUAUUCACAGUGGGAAUUUUAUCCAUUCCGAUAGCAUGCACACUGGCAGCAAGAGAACAUUUUCCAGUAUUCUUUAUAGACUUUCCUCUAAAGGAGUUGACAUCAAGAAAGUAUGGUCUGAUAUCAUUUCACUUGUGAUUAAAACUAUUAUUGCAGUGACCCCUGAGCUGAAAGUGUAUUAUCAGGCAGAAAUACCUCCAGGAAAACCAGGCCCAUCAUGCUUCCAGAUCUUAGGUUUUGACAUACUUCUUAUGCGAAACUUGAAACCGGUUUUACUUGAAGUUAAUGCAAACCCCAGCAUGAAAAUAGACCAUGAGCAAGAGCUUCUUCCUGGAGUAUUUGAAUAUGUCCCAAGUGUUGUAGACGAAGAAGUAAAAAUCGCAGUAAUCAGGGAUACGCUCCGGCUCGUGGACCCCUUCAAAAAGUCUGGAGUCCAAAACAAAUUGCUUCCCUCUGACAGUGUAACAGAGGCAGAAAACGAGCUGCGUUCAGAAUCAUCAGACCAAGCAGAGCCAGAGAUUAAUAAAAGCUCAGAAGGCAAUUUACCCGAUAUUUGUCUCAAACAAGUUUUUCCAAAGUUCUCUAAACAGUUCAAUUACUUGCGAGUGGUAGAGAGAAUCACUGCUGUGUUUAUAAGAUUCCUAGGAAUCAAAAGUACUAUGAAGAUGGGACCGACAGGAUUCCGGACAUUUAUACGAAGCUGUAAGCUAAGUAACAGCACUUUUUCUAUGGCAUCAGUAGAUAUUCUGUACAUUGAUAUAACAAGACGGUGGAACAGCAUGGGACUAGACCAAAGAGAAUCAGGGAUGUGUCUGCAGGCAUUUGUGGAGGCCUUAUUUUACCUGGCACAGAGGCGGUUUAAAGGUCUAACUAUGCAGGAGCAAGUAGAGUCCCUGAUAAGGUUUUGUGAAAACCAUCUGCAAACUUUGGAUGAGAAGAGAUUGCUCUGCAGUCGUGGUCUGAUGGAGCGAAGGACUGCACACAGUAGCCGCCACCGGGAGGAUCUUACUAUAACAUCUUACUUCCCCUUGUUAAACCGAACAAAUAAUGCAUGCAAGCACACUGAUAGGCUGCAGCAUUCCUGAGACAAGAUGAUUCUUGUUAAUCUAAAGGCCUAUCUCUACCUGUGACUGAAAGGAAAAUGCACCUCUUGCAGACUGUUAUUAAUAUCACUAAGUUAUCCUCUUUAUAUAACUGCUGAUCCUACAAGUGAAUUGUAACUGUGUAAGCAAUUCACUCAUCAGCAAUCUUUGCAUCCAAUAUGUGUGGUGUGGUAAGAAUGAUUCUAGCAAAUAGCCAUAUAAUCUAUAUAGCAGUGAGCCUCUGGGAACAUACAGUAUGUGUCAUGCAUUUACAAGUCCAUAGCCAACAUACAUGACCUGUAUACAUACAGUAAAAUAAUGUCAACAAAGUUAUUCAUAAUAUGUGAAAGAAUUUCUAGGGGCAAGUCAAUAUUUGGCUACUCCUAUAAGCAAACAUCUAACUUGGAAUUUGCAAAGGUUUAGCUUUUUCCAGCCUUUUUUUUUUUUUAAACCAGGAUUGUGUUGCUACAUAAAAUACUCUGGUGUAGAUGAACAUAGAUCACACAAAUCUAGUUCAUGUGAAACAUUUUAAAGGAAUGAGAAAAUAAAAAAUUGAAGCAAAAAAUAUAGUUUAAUGCAAAAACAAAAUAAUUAAAAUGUGAGCCAUUCUAAUAACCAAUCUUGCGUUUAAAGAAAUACAGAAUUUUACUAGCAGUUUCACAAUGCAUUUUCUUCUGUUAAGUGUGAUCAGUCCACGGGUCAUCAU